AUGGGUCAAGGAGAUGAGGGAAAACUUGGAAUUGGUUUCAUGAAACCAUCAAGCUCUACCACUACUACUACUACAACAUCCACUACACACCAUCAUCAUCACCCCUUCGAAGGCACACAUUGUUAUGAACCUACAGAAAUUGUAGAACUUCGAGGUCGUGAACUCUUGGAAGCUGAAGGUGGAGCAUGGCACACCAUCUUCCUGACCAAAUCCACCAAUCCUUCCAUGUACAAUAAUGAUUUGUGGGUGUGUGGUUCUAAUUAUUGGGGACAAUUAGCAUUGCCUUCCAAGAAAAACAACUCCUCUUCCAAUCAAACACCUGAUUUUUCAACGACCAAUGUACCAGUCAUGCAUCCCUUCUUUUGUGGAAAGAGAAAUCCAUCAACGAAUCCAAUUCAAGUAUGUGCGGGAUCCAAUUUCAAUGCUGUACUUUGUGAAGAUGGUUCAGUGUAUUGUUUUGGAUGUGGAUCCAGUGGUAAGACUGGUAUGGGCCAUUGCCGUACAGUGAAAACACCCACCAAAUUAACUUCCGUUCCCAAGAAUAUUACAAGCAUUUCGACUGGUUCCAAUCACUUGAUGUUAUUGACCUCAACAGGUGAAUUGUAUGGUGUUGGUUGGAAUUUUUAUGGACAGUGUGGCUAUGAUCAAGAUAUUGAAAACAUUGGCAAAAUUAAGGAUACUUCCACCGCUCCAUACAUGGAAGGAGAAAGUUUGGGGAAAUCCGAGGCCUAUGACAUACCAAGAAUCAAGAGACUCACUGGUGUUGAAGUUCAAUCAGUGGCCACAGGUGCCUACUUUACCAUCAUUACUACAAGUGCAACGAGUAACAAACGAAAACAAGAAGAAAUUGCAAGAAAACGAAAUGGUAUUCAGGUUCGAAGAGGCUUCAAUGAUAUUUCCAUCGUCACUCAACUGUAA